UUGUUCUUCGUACACUCGGUAGUUAUACAAAGUGAGCGCAGCUGGUUCCCAGCGCCUGUUGCUUAUCGAGGGCCGUUUCCAGUUAAAGAGAGCAGUGAAUGGAAUGAUAGAAAGUAACAAACUGUAAGAAGAAUAAAAGUCAGAAUAAACUCACAAAGACAAAAUGUCAAAGAAUAAUGGAAAGGUGAUAAGCAGUAUCAUUCCGAGAACUCCAACACCUCGAAUGUCUCUUGGGCAGUACAUGCUGAACUGCCUACGCAACAAUGGAACAAGCGUUGCACAAGUUGACGCUGUCACGGGAGAGAUACUCAGAUACAACGAGAUAUUAGAGCAGAGCAUUCGUUUAUGCGAGAGUCUACGUAAGCAAGGGCUUAAGAGUGGUGAUCACGUCAGUAUUAUAAGCGAGAACCGAUUGAAUCUGGUCAUUCCUACAUUGGCUUCGCUUUACUUGGGCGCAGCGAUAGUUCCUCUGAACCCAACUUAUUCGAAAGCCGAGCUGUUGCACGCUCUGAACAUUUCAAAGCCGAGCAUAAUCUUCGUGUCACCACGAUCGGAAAAGCUCAUGCUGGAAAUAGUCGGUGAGAUGAAUCCAAAGCCGCUGGUCAUUCAACUUUCUUCGGAUGCCGAUUCCUCGGCUAUUCCCACCCUGUCGGACAUUCUUGAAGAGACUGAGCCACUCUCCGAUCUUAACAGCUUCCGUGCCGUCGAGUUUCAGGACUACAAGAAGCAUGCCGCUGUCAUUUUGUGCUCCAGUGGCACCACUGGAUUGCCAAAAGGCGUCAUGCUGUCUCAUCACAACAUCUUGACUCUGGUCCAACAUUUUAGGAAUCCCGACUUCGUGGACUUGAAUCCAGACCGUCCGUUGCUCGGGCUUUUGCCAUAUUUUCACGGUUACGGCUUCUCCCUGGUUCUCGGACUGAUAGCCACCAGAGGAAAAGCUAUCGUGAUGAGCGAGUUCGACCCUCUGGUCUUCCUCAGCGCCAUACAAACUCACAAGGUGGCCAUCGUCCCGCUGGUACCGCCAAUCAUGGUGUUCCUCGCCAAGCAUCCGGUCGUCGCUAAAUUCGACUUGAGCAGCAUUCAGGAGAUCAUUUGCGGCGCGGCUCCGCUUUCCGAAGAGAUUCAAACAGCCGUGAUGCAACGUCUCGGCGUCCCCUGCAUCCGUCAGGGUUACGGCAUGACCGAGACUACGGUGAUAGUGUCUCUGAGUCCAUCGACGAAGAACAAGGCCGGAAGCGUGGGAAUCGUAUCACCCGACACUCUGUGCAAGGUUGUCGACGUCGAGACUUCCAAGGCUCUCGGUCCCCACGAACAGGGCGAGAUCUGCAUCGCUGGGGAUCUCGUCAUGAUGGGAUACUGCGGCGACCCCAAGACCACGGCCGAGAUAAUAGACCAGGACGGAUGGCUUCACACCGGCGACAUCGGCUACUACGACGAGGACGGCUACAUCUUCGUCGUUGAUCGCCUCAAGGAGCUCAUCAAGUACAAGGCGUUCCAGGUACCGCCGGCCGAGCUUGAGGCCAUUCUGCUGAAGCAUCCCGCGGUCAAGGAUGCUGCCGUUAUCGGCAUCCCGGAUGAAAACUCCGGGGAACUGCCACUCGCCUUCGUCGCUCGGCAGCCUGGGGCUCAGGUUUCGGCUGACGAAAUUCGAAAGUUCGUCGAUGGUCAGGUAUCACCGUCAAAAUGGCUGAGGGGCGGUGUCCGGUUCAUUGACGAAAUCCCAAAGAGUCCAUCGGGAAAAAUACUCCGACGAGAGUUGCGAAAACUGAUAUCAAAGUUGUAGAUAAUCCACCGAUACCUGAAUAAAUUGGCAUCAAUAGAAUUCAAAUAUAAAAUAUUGACGGUGUGAAUUCGUAAAAGUAUAAAUGUCGUUCUCUUUUAUACAUGGUACUCGGUUCCAUAAAAUAUGUGUUCGUGCUUUUCUAAACUAUUUCUAUAUUUAUAUAUGUAAUAAUGUAUGUGCGAGUACGUGUAUUGUAAUAAUGAUCAACCGAUUGUCAGAUCAAAUUAGUCUUUUUCCCAACAGACAGUAUUUCAACGGGCCAAAAAAAUGCAUCUCAUUCUAAGUGUCAAUUAAGUGUUCAAUAACUUGCAAAGUUGCAGCUAAUUAAUUUAUUGCGUUGCCAAAAGCCAGUAUCUAUGAGGCCAGUAUGUAGAUCCCCGCAUUCGUCAGUCGUGCGAAAAAAUCGUUAAUGCCUACAUAAAUUCUUGGCGACGACGUGACGUAGAAGGAGAUGUUUUGCCGAUUUCUUUGGCGGAUCAAUGCAUUUUUUUCUGCAAAAACAGUCUGAAGUUGCGAUUUUCAUAGUGCUGGUUCCACCUUAGACCUUUGCGAAAUUUUCACUACAAAUUCCUUGUG